GCCACGUCCAGCCUUUGUUCUAUAUAUCCACCCUCUCCAAAGUCACGUCCAGCCUUUGUUCUCAUACAGUCCUGCUCCAAUGGAUUUUCAGUCCGAGAGCAACAUUGAUCUCUCACCUACAAUCAAGAGGACAAUGCAUGACGGAAUUGAAGGAGAAUCUACCCAGAAAAGAUCACUUGAUACAAAUGUCAACAUAGAGAUUCAAGAUGCUGAUAUUCAUGAUGCUACAAUGGGAGUUGAUCAUCUUAAACCUGUAGUGGGAAUGACUUUCAAGUCAUUUCAAGAAGCUUGUGACUUCUAUAACCAAUAUGCUAAAAUUGUUGGAUUUGGGAUGAAAGUGAAGCGAUCUUGGUUCACCGAUGAUGGUGUGGCUCUACAUGAUCCAAAUUCUGUCUAA